GAGACUUAGUUGAAGAAGUGAAGCUGGCUAAGUCUCAGCAUUUAGAAACAAAAGCCCUGGGACAUCAAAGAGACUGACUGUGCGAAAGAGAGAGAGUGGGAGAAAUAGAAAGAGAGAGAGACAGAAGCUACAGACUGAAUGUGUGUAAUGUGGAAAUACGCGGGGUCUGCAGCGCAUGGUCUUGUUCCGGGGCUCCAGGAUUUUGGAAAAAUAUUUUUUAUCAGAAUUUAAAGAAACUUUAAAAAAAUAAUAAUUUUAAGUCCUGUGAGUUCGAACAACUUCAACGACACACUCGCUCACCCCGACGGAUUGCUUGGCCUGGGGCAGCUAGCGUGAAAAAAAAAUCCAUGACGACUACAUUUUUGAAGUUCUCACGGAGAGAGAGUACUCUCUUAAUUUUGGAAACCGCAUGAACUAAAGUAGUAAGACAAUAGGGAGAAGGAGUUGGAGCGCUUACCGAUUUAUUAUUUGUCGCAUUUGCACGAAAAUGCAGAAGGCGCACUUUUGCACGCCAGGGAUCUGCGGGAUGUUCCUGUUCUUCUUGUCCUGUUCCGCUCAUACAAGACAAGGUUAUUUAAUUACAGCCCCCUCGAUUUUUCAUGCAGGGGUUGAAGAGACCAUCAGUAUUACCAUUUUUAACCCCCUGAAAGAGACAAAGGUGCAGGUCCAGCUGGCUAUCAAAGGGGAGACAGUGGCACAUAGUCAUGGGACAGUCCUGGAGAAAGGAUCUGUUAAACUGAAGGUACCAUUUGGUCUACGUGGCCAGGCUCAUUUGAAGAUAUGGGGUAACCGUAAUCUCACUGAUGAGGGCUUCAUUUUCUACAACUAUACUACAGUUACCAUUGAUCCCAAGGGCUCUUCGGUCUUCAUCCAGACAGACAAGCCAGUUUACAAACCCAAGCAAAAAGUACUGAUCAAUGUAUUCUCCAUCACCCCUGAUCUCCGGCCCAUUGAUGCCAAGAUUCAAGCUUAUAUUGUGGAUCCACGUGGAUCAAGGAUGAUACAGUGGUCUGAUCCAAAACCAGUUUGCUGUGGCAUUGUGAACAUGAGUUUCCCAUUGUCUGACCAGCCUGUGUUUGGAGAGUGGUUGGUAUUUGUGGAAAUGCAAGGACAGACUUAUAACCGGUCAUUUGAGGUACAGAAAUAUGUACUACCAAAGUUCGAGUUGAUCAUCAUCCCUCCAAGGUACAUCAGAGAUCUCAGCUCAUGUGAAAAGGGUACGGUGACUGCAAGAUACACAUUUGGCAAACCUGUAUUAGGAAAGUUGACUGUGAACAUGACUGUGAAUGGAGUGGGAUAUUACCGUCAUGAAGUUGGGCACACGGUUGUGAAAACAACAGAGAUUAAUGGAUCAGCACAUUUUGAUAUCUGUGUGAAGCAUAUGAUGCCAGUAGAUGUGGCAGAUCAUUUUCGAGGCUCUGUUAACAUCUGGGCAACUGUCAUCAGUGUGGACGGAAGCAGACAGGUGACUUUUGAUGACUCUACGCCUGUCCAUAAGCAGCUCAUUGAUAUCAAGUACUCAAAAGACACCAGAAAGCAAUUCAAACCUGGUCUGCCUUAUAAAGGCAAGGUGGAGGUGACAUUUCCUGAUGGCAGUCCAGCAGAUGGAGUGACUGUUCGGAUUAAGGCUGAGCUCACACCAAAGGACAAUGUUUACACCAGCGAACUUAUCUCAAAAAAUGGCUUGGUUGAAUUUGAAAUUCCAUCAAUACCAACUGCUGCCCAGUAUGUCUGGCUGGAGGUGAGUGCUGAGACCAAAGUGACUGCUGUUGAUGGUCAAGCAUCAGGAGAUCAGUACCUGCCCAACUACCUUUCAAUCAGCAGCUGGUUUUCUCCCAGCAAAUGCCACAUUCAGCUCCAAUCUCCCAGUGUGCCUUUGCAGGUGGGAAUGGAGGCACAGAUUGCUCUUAAAUCAACAUGCUCCUGUGAUUUCACACUGCACUAUGAGUUGGCAUCACGUGGCAACAUUGUGCAGUCUGGCUAUCAAGCAGCCAACAUUACCCUGCAGAGGAGCAGGAGGGCCACUGUGACUUUUGACAAGAAUGUUCAUGCCACAUCUCCUACUGGGUCAAACAUGACCCAACAACCAUCGACAGAACCAGACAGCUGCAUGACUACCCUGCACUUCCCUGUGACACAUAACAUGGUUCCACUUAGCCGACUCCUGGUGUACUAUGUUCGAGAAAGUGGUGAAGGUGUUACGGACAGCAUUCAGAUCCAUGUCAAGCCAGCAUUUGAGCACCAGGUUUCACUCAGUCUAUCCUCCAAUGAAUCAAUGCCUGGCGAUGUGGUGGACCUCAUUCUCAGAGGGGAGAAGAGCUCUUGUGUGUGUGUGGCAUCAAUUGACAAAAGUCUGUAUCUGCUGAAACCUGGUUUCCAGAUUACCACUGAAAAGAUCUUCCAAGAGUUAGCAGACUUUGAUGUAUCAGAUGUCUUUGGAGCUCCCAAGGAAGAUGGCCAUUUCUGGUGGCCUGGACUGACAUCUCGAAGACGUCGACGCUCCUCUGUUUUCCCAUGGCACUGGGACAUUACAAAAGAUGCACACUUUGCUUUUACUGAAACAGGCCUGCUGGUCAUGACGGAUGUGGUCAGCUUGAACCAUCGUCAAAAUGGAGGGAUGUACACCGAUGAAGCUGUGCCUGCCUUCCAGCCCCAUACUGGCACAAUGGUUGCAGCCAUGCACCCUCGAAGCACUACAAGGGCAGAUAAAAGGAAGAGAACGUUCUUUCCAGAGACAUGGAUAUGGCAGUGUCUCAAUAUCAGUGAAGCAUCUGGAGAAGUAAAGCUACAAUUACAGGUUCCAGACUCCAUCACAACUUGGGUUACAGAAGCAAUUGGUCUUUCAGAGGGGAAAGGGCUUGGUAUUGCAAAGCAGACUGAGCUGAAGACCUUCAAGGAGUUCUUUGUUGAAUUCACCUUGCCAUAUGGUAUGGUUCGUGGAGAGCAGACCAAAAUCCCCCUCACAGUCUACAAUUACCUCCCAGUUUGUGCAGAGGUUCAUGUCAAAGUCUCAAUUCCCCGGGGAGUUAAAUUUGUAGGACACCCAGGAAAGCACCAUUUGACCCGAAAGAAAUGUAUUGCUCCUGGAGAAGCCAAGCCCACCUUCAUUGUUCUUUCUUUUGGUGAUUUGGGCAUAGCAAACAUCUCAGCCCGCGCAUUUGCCUACAGUGAACCAAGCUGCUGUGAUCAGGGAGUACAGACACUAAAGAAUGGGAAAUACUUGGAUGAAAGUUAUGUUGACAAGAGGACUCCCAUUUCAAUGGAUUAUGUGCGAAGGAGUGUCCAGGUGCAGCCUGAAGGUCUUCCAAGGGAGUACACGUACAGUGUGUUUUUCUGCCCUAAUGAGAAAAUUCACAUUUCUACUCCAAACAAGUAUGAGUAUCAAUAUGUGAAGAAGCCCGGCAAGAUGACCCAUUUUAGUGUAGCUGUGAAAGCUCACAAUGAUGUACAUGUGGCACUUACCACUGGACCCCAUGACACUGGAGAGAUGAUAGAGAUAGUGAUUGGAGGACGGCAAAACUCCUACACAUGGGUUUCUGCCAGCAAGAUGGGUACUCCAGAAGUCAGCCAUAGUACACCAAACAUCUUGUCAUGGGAUGAAUUCCGUAGUUUCUGGAUCAGUUGGAAAACUGGUGUAAUCCAGAUAGGACAUGGGGCCCUGCCAUCCAAUGAGUCUGUGAUUGUUCAGUGGACUACCGUGAAGCCACUUCAGGUCAGAUACAUUGGCUUCUCAACUGGUUGGGGAUCAAUGGGAGAGUUCAAAAUCUGGAAGAAACAAGAAUCUGAUGAGAACCACAAUGAAGCAUUCACUCUGGGUGUUCCGCAAAAUGUGGUGCCAGGCUCGGAGAGGGCUACUGCUUCCAUGAUUGGGGAUGUAAUGGGACCUACACUAAGCAACCUGGACAGUUUGCUGCGACUGCCUUUUGGAUGUGGAGAACAAAACAUGAUUCACUUUGCUCCUAAUGUCUUUGUGUUAAAGUACCUUCAGAAGACACGACAACUGCACCAGGAUGUGGAGAGUGAAGCCACUGAUUACCUUCUUCAAGGGUACCAACGACAACUGACCUACAAGCGACAAGAUGGCUCCUACAGUGCCUUUGGGGAAAGGGAUUCUUCUGGCAGUAUGUGGUUGACAGCCUUUGUGUUGAAGUCUUUUGCACAGUCUCGUGCCUUCAUCUUCAUUGACCAAAAAGAAUUAGGCACUGCUAAAGACUGGAUUAUUGAACACCAAAGAGAGGAUGGCUCUUUCCCAGCAGUUGGCCGCAUUCUCAACAAGGACAUUCAGGGAGGUAUCCAUGGCAAGAUUUCUUUAACAGCUUAUGUGGUAGCUGCUCUUUUAGAGACUGGAAUAACAUCUGAGGCAGAAAAGACUGCAGUGGCAAAAGCAAAGGUCUUCUUGGAAACCAAUGUGUACUCUGCAGAGGAUCCAUACACCACUGCACUCACAGCCUACGCCCUGACACUUCUGCGUAGCAACUAUUCACCUUCAGCGCUCCGCAAGCUCAACAGCAUGGCCAUCACACAGGAUGGAUUUACACACUGGAGUCUAACAGGAACAACAGUUACAGAUGAAGACACUUUUAUGGGCUUUAAUGAUGGACUUUCUCAGUCAGUGGUUUCAGCUGAGGUGGAGAUGACGGCAUAUGCCCUCCUGACCUACACCCUUCUAGGAGAUGUGGCCACAGCUCUUCCAGUAGUGAAGUGGUUAUCUCAGCAGAGAAACUCACUGGGAGGUUUUUCCUCUACACAGGAUACCUGCGUGGCUUUGCAAGCUCUUUCUGAAUAUGCAAUCCUAUCAUUUGUGGGUGGGGUAAACCUGACUAUCUCACUGGCAUCAACAAACUUGGAUUUUCAGGAAACCUUUGACCUAAACAAACUGAAUGAGAAGAUUCUCCAAACUGCUGUAAUUCCCAGUGUUCCCACAGGACUGUUUGUUAGUGCCAAAGGAGAAGGUUGCUGUCUUAUGCAGAUUGAUGUAUCAUAUCAUGUUCCUGAUCCAGUGGCCAAGCCAGCUUUCCAUCUGACAGUGCACCUCAAAGAACCAAAGUCAGAUAGGCAUCACAAUCACCGAAUUCCAGUGACUCGGACAAAAUCACGUGCAGAUAACCGGUCAGAGAUAAGUCGACGACGCCGUCGAGCUGCCAUGGAUGAUGAUGAUCCAGCUUCUGACCAAGACCAUCAGGAGUACAAAGUUACACUUGAGGCUUGUGCCAGAUGGUUGCAUUUUGGCUCAUCUAACAUGGCAGUAUUAGAGUUUCCCUUGUUGUCAGGCUUCCGAGCUGAUGUAGAAAGUCUAGAGAAGCUUCUUUUGGAUAAGAAGGUAGGACUAAAGAGAUAUGAGAUAGAGGGCCGGAAGGUUCUGUUUUACUUUGAUGAGAUUCCCAGCCAGUGCACAACUUGUGUACAGUUCCUGGCUUUUCGAGAAUAUAUAGUUGGGAAAACCGCUCCCGUUCCUGUUAAAAUCUAUGACUACUAUGAGCCAGCUUUUGAAGCCACACGUUUCUACAACGUGAGUGAAAACAGCCCACUAGCCAGAGAGCUUUGUGACGGUCUAACCUGCAAUGAAGUGGAGAGCUCAGCUACCCAGUGGACUGGAUUCAUGCAGUCAGGUAUUUGCAAUAAUGUUUUUGGCUGCUUGGAGACAGAGGAACAAUUUGAGCAGUGCACAUGUUACCGAGAUUGCGGCUACGAUGGCGAACCAGUCUGUGCUUCGGAUGGUGUGGUCUACCAAAACCAGUGCCAAAUGGAAGUGGCAGCAUGUCGCAAUACCACCCACAUUGAACAAGUGCCUAUGUCAAGAUGUCCAUCCCUGGAAAAUUUGCCUGAAGAAAAAGAACCAGUUACUGUUUCUGAAGAGCGGAGGGGUCCAGAUGCUCUCCAGACAGCAGAAGAAGAGCCUGGACGACAGACAGAACUGUCUUACUACACCUAUGAAUAUGAUGGUGACCCCUUUGUCACUGAAGGUGAAGGGACUUUUGACUUUGUGGGUGAGAGGGUGCCAGAGACGGAACAAAAAGUAGAAGAUGAACCACAAAUACUGGAGACACAAUAUGCUACCACACAGUGAAAAAAAUGGAUUCAGAUGACAAGAAGAACCACUUCUACAGUUUUUUUAUAUUGAAAAGAUGUUGGACUGGCUUAACUGGAAAUUGACGACUAUUUAUGCAUGAGCAAAUGUGCAAGUCUGGGAACAGUUGUGGCCUUGUAAUGUUUCACCAUUGUGGUCCUUUUUUUUACCUUGUAAGGUGUAUUAAGCUACACAAGACACAAAGCUGGUCUAUUUGUUACAUUUUAAUUUGAUUUUGAUGUAAUCUUUAAAAAAUGUAUUUAUGUUUGUAAUUAUUAUGAGCACACUGUUUUAUGAAAAAACAUGUUUGUAACUGUGAUAUUUAUUUUUUAUUAGCUAUAGCAUUUUUAUGUUGUCCUAAUUGUUUUUUGUUACUUAAAGUUCAGCCCACAUUGUAUCUUCAACCAUAUUUCACCACCUACAAAUUAUCAAAACAAAGGAAUAUAUGAAUGUUCUAGCAUAAUUGUGGCUUUAAAAUAUAUGCUGGAAAAUCAAACUUCCAGGAUAUUUUAGUAACGUGGGAAUUCAUAAAGAGAUAUUUAUAACCCCAUAUGUCCUUAAAACAUGCCACACAACAUUUCUCCUCUAGACAAAAGUAAAUCUUUUUUUGUGUUCAAAAAAAUAGGGUACUUCUCUACAAAGCUCAUUUACUAAAAAUAGACAUCCUGAAUACAGUCCAUACCCUUCCUUUUUCAUGAAAGUAAUAAAUCAUUUCCAAAGUUAUCUAGAAGGAAAACGUAGGAAGACAUAAAGACAUUCUUCCCUUCCCAGCUUUUUCUAGUUGAAAAUUCACAAAGUCUUGAGCAGGGUAUUAAUACAAAAUGACAUAACAAACCUUCUCCUUGAAGAAAGGAGAACUUCUUCUAAACACUUGCAUCAUGUUAAAAUAAAAAGCAUGUUUGGCUCGAAUUGACCAGGAAAAAAAUGUUUUAUCUGUUCUGUUCUUUUUUUUAACAACUUUAUAAGCUUUUUCCUUAAAUGUUCUCUCUGGCUUUUUACUCCAGGACACAGUUCUUUCAGCAUCCUCAGGUAGAAUGACAGUUCUUUUCAAAGUGAUUGUUCCCUACAUUUUGGGGGUGAGCAACUAACCUUAAGAUAUGAUCAUGAUUUGUCAAAAAAAUUAAUUUUUUCUUGUGUUUCCUGCCAGUGCUUAUUACAUCAGUCCAUGGUUAACUGUGAUGUUUGUUAAUUUGGUAGGCAAAAACAAGGAUUUACAUUUGGCUGGGAUGUUCCUGUGCUGCACUGUGGUACUGGUGGGCAAUAACACUGAAUGUAAUGCACGGUGGUAGUUACAAGAAAAAUACGGCCAAUGUUAGAAGUCAAUAUCCAGUUUUUUGGGAGGAAUCAGCACACCCUUUUGUGCUUAUUAUUUUGUGACUGUUACAUUAAACUGCACCCAUUUUCUCAGGAAAUAUAAAUAAGAACAUGAUGCUGCACAAUAUCUGAUGGAAUAAGGGCAAAAGGGAUGGAAGACAGGUAGUUCUAGAACUUCCCAUUUAUCGAACAUUGCAAAUUAAUAUAAAAAUUGUAAAAGUUGUUGGCUGUUAAAAUUGUGCAUUGAUGUCAGUGACCUCUAAAUGGAUGGUAGAAUUUUUCCAGACUACAAAAACGUUACACUAGCUCAGCAGGUAAAGUCCAUCUAUAUACGAAGAACAAUACACACAUUCAAGCUCUCUGAAACUAUUUUGUCUACAGGUUUGUAAUGUUGAUAAUCUUUGCACAGGUUCCUUUUAUUAUGAUUUUAUUUUUCCUCCUCAUCUUAUCUGAGAAUUAGAGAAACAUAAAUUUUGAAAAAUGAUAAAAGAGAUUACAAUGACUUUUACUUUUCAGUACAUAUAGAAAGGAAAUCUUGUGACAUCGAGACAGUUCCAUUACUUUUUAAGCUGUUGCUUUUCCUUGUCCAAUUUUUUUCUGACUGUCCCACUAUACACCUUUAUAAUAGGUUACUUUGUUUUCUUAUUGUACUGUCUAUAAUCAGUAUGGAGACUUCUCAGCUAACAAGAGCACUUCUGAAUGUAUCAAAUGCUAUAGUGGUAUGGAAGUGAUAGCCUUCAUUGUUUCACAAGGAAGCUGUCAGUUUAUAUAAUGAUGUCCAGAAGAGAAAAUAUGGUAUUCUGAUAAUCCAACAAAGACAUGAAAGACUCACCAAAUCAUAUGCUUCUGCUGUGUAAACAUUUAGUGUGAGAUGGGUCUAAUUAUUUUCAAUAUGACUGCCAUUUUUCAUGUCAUGUUAUAUUCUACAGGAUCUCAACCAGUCAUUGGACUUCAAAGGUGGUAAUUUUGCUGAGAUCAGAAAGAAAAAGACAUUUGUACUAAAUUAAUACAAAACAAGCUGUGUGGAUAAACGUAUCCAGGAAAUUGCAAAUACAUGUUUAAGCAAAAUGUUAUAAAUGUGCACUUUUAUUUUUGUUUGCUACAAAUGUUUUUGUUUUUGUUUUUCUGACAUGCAGAAAGGCUGCACAUUCUUGUGCUCUGUAUUGAACGUGAUUAAAUGCAGAUGCAAAAGUUACACAAAA